AUGGAAAGUCCCGGGAUCGAAACAAAGAAGAAUGCUGAUUCUCAUGCUCAAACAAAUGACAAGAAACCUUCAUCAUUUUUAUUUGCAUGGCCGUCUCAUGCCGAAGCUCCCGCCCAGGCUGAUAGAAAUACUCGAGAAGAAGAAGUCACUUCUGAGGCUCCUGAGGUAUUGAGUUCUGACCAUGAAUUAGUUCCUGACGAACCUUUCAUUGACAAGCGCCGCCGUAGGCUUGCUGAACUUCAGGCAAGAAAUGCUGCCGAGCGUUCAGAUGUACUUCGUUUGAUACAACAGCGCGAUGAGCUUGCUCAACAUUUACUUAAAAUGCAAGCAGGUUCGUAA